UUUGAGGGAGCUGUUCAUUCUUUUUCUUUCAGUGAAGUGUCAGUUAUGUUUGCAGGCACUACGGGAAUAGUUGAUUAUUCGAACUAUGAUGACAUGAAAUAUGCGAUCAGAAAACUUGAUGAUUCUGAGUUUCGGAAUGCAUUUUCUCGAGCAUAUAUAAGAGUUAAGGAGCAUGACCAUAAGAGAAGCUUAUCUAGAAGCCCCAGUCGUAGUCGUUCUCAUUCAAGGAGCCGAAGCCGUGAUAGGAGCAAAUCUCCCAAAUCCAAGUCAGCGCGCCGUUCGUUGUCCAGAUCUCGCUCGAGAUCCAUUUCUUCUCGCUCUCGUUCUGGUUCCAGAGGACGGUCUUUGUCAGGGUAUGUCUUUUCAUGGUCAAUUGUGCUUUGUUUUUUAAUCAUAGUAGAAUUAUUUGUACUUCUUAAUCUGUUGAGUUUACAAUUUUCGUUAGAUGGAAUCUUUGCUUUAAAUUUUGUUACUUUUCAUUUUCUUGCCUUCUAUGUAUCAGGGUGUAUAGUUUUUUUUUGUUUAGUAAAAUAAAUGGGAAGAACAUAGCAUAAUUUAGUAUUUGGCUUUACUAUUUACCUCCAAGGAAGGAUUAAAUGUUCAUUUAAUCCUUCUUUGGUCCUUUGGUGAAGGAUAGUUACAACUUCUCUUCGUCAUGCAG